GCGGCGGCGGCGGCAGGAGGAUUAUUCUGCAAUGACUACAGCAAGAUACAGACCUACUUGGGACUUGGUGCUCGAUCCUCUUGUGUCGUGCAAACUCUGCCUUGGGGAAUUUCCAGUGGAGCAGAUGACAACAAUCGCACAAUGCCAAUGCAUCUUCUGUACUUUGUGCCUGAAACAGUAUGUGGAGAUUUUGAUCAAGGAAGGCUUAGAAACAGCCAUUAGCUGCCCUGAUGCCUCCUGCCCGAAGCGAGGUCAUCUUCAAGAAAAUGAAAUUGAGUGUAUGGUUGCAUCAGAAAUCAUGCAGAAGUAUAAGAAGCUACAGUUUGAAAGAGAAGUGCUUUUGGAUCCUUGUCGGACUUGGUGCCCAUCCUCUUCCUGCCAAGCGGUUUGUCAGCUUCAGGAAUCGGGCCCCCAGAACCCCCAGCUAGUACAAUGCAAAUCUUGCGACAUAGAAUUUUGCUCGGCGUGCAAAUCCAAUUGGCAUCCAGGACAAGGCUGUCAAGAAAAUAUGCCAAUCAGCUACCUUCCAGGGGAAACAAGCUCUGCUUAUAAAAUGGAAGAAGAUGAUGCACCCAUCAAACGCUGCCCGAAAUGCAAAGUUUACAUUGAACGGGAUGAAGGCUGUGCCCAAAUGAUGUGCAAAAACUGUAAACAUGCCUUUUGCUGGUACUGUUUGGAAUCACUUGACGAUGACUUCCUACUUAUACAUUAUGACAAGGGACCUUGCCGAAAUAAGCUCGGUCAUUCCAGGGCAUCAGUUAUUUGGCACAGAACACAGGUCGUGGGGAUCUUUGCAGGGUUUGGUCUGUUACUGUUAGUGGCCUCCCCUUUCCUUCUGCUUGCUACCCCAUUCGUGCUUUGCUGCAAGUGCAAAUGUAGUAAAGGAGACGAUGACCCCCUCCCGACUUAAGGUGGAGUGAAAGUGGGACUGGCUCAUCAUCGCAGUGCAUUUCCUACCCACCCACCCACCCCCUUCUUGCACUUGACAUUGUGUUGGCCUUACUCGCCCUGAUUCCCGACGUUGCAGGAGACAGGAGGCGCCACGAUUCCCAGCGAUCUCGCUCGCAAGUCGGUUUGCAGAGUGCAAGGCAUAUCCUGGUGUGUUUUAGGGGGGCUAGCGUGAAGCAAGCUGGGACGUCAGAAACAUCAUGUGUUCAGUAACGCACGGCUACGUUGGCAGAUGUGGAACUGAGACGCUACGGUGUCAAAACAAAGCCCGUUCAGCAUAUCUAUUUGCAUCAAAUUGAGGUGUUAGACAUGUGUGUUUUAAGAAUCGCUUACCAUUAAAAAAAAAAAAAUCAGCCCAUUUUAAA